CAGGGGUAGGGUUGUCCAUGGAUAGGGCAGGUUGUGCAAGGGCGGGCAUCUGAAGGAAGAUGGCAGCUCUGGUCAAUCCCUGCUGUUUAGGGGGCAGGCUAACAAGGUUUCAAUAACCUCCAGGGAAAACCUUCCAAAGCUGAGGAACCGAGGCUCUGAUAUGGAGCACUGAAUAGGAGGAGCGCCGAAGGCAGCUCGGACCUCAGGCACAUGCAGAGGACACGGAGCGUGGACAGUAUCCAGUUCCUGCCUUUUCUCACCACGGAUGUCAACAACCUGGGCUGGCUGAGUUAUGGAGUCUUGAAGGGAGAUGGGACCCUCAUCGUCGUCAAUACCGUGGGGGCUGUGCUUCAGACUCUUUAUAUCCUGGCAUAUCUGCACUACAGUCCUCAGAAGCAUGCUGUGCUCCUGCAGACCGCAGCCCUGCUGGGGGUCCUGCUCCUGGGUUAUGGCUACUUUUGGCUUCUGGUGCCAGACCUUGAGGCCCGGCUCCAGCAGCUAGGCCUCUUCUGCAGUGUCUUUACCAUCAGCAUGUACCUCUCACCACUGGCUGACCUGGCCAAGAUCAUUCAGACUAAAUCGACCCAGCGUCUGUCCUUCUCACUCACCAUUGCCACCCUCCUUUCCUCCACCUCCUGGUCCAUCUACGGGUUUCGACUCAGAGACCCUUACAUCACGGUGCCCAACCUUCCAGGAAUCCUUACCAGCUUGAUCCGCCUUGGGCUUUUCUGCAAGUACCCCCCAGAGCAUGACAGGAAAUACCGACUUCUGCAGACCUGACCACAGCCACCUUAGGGCCAACGUGAUACCAAAAAGAGCUCUUGUUUCUGCUGGUCCUCCUGACCAAUUCCAUGGAUGCAAUGGGUUGUGAGAAAAAAGCUGAUUUUGAAAAUAGAGGGAUCAAGGAAAGACCUUUAUGUAGAUCGGAUGGGAACUAUGGGAUGAAAUCACAUUUUUUAAAGAGAUGAUCUUUUCUCAUUUUGGAGGCUGAGGUGGUAUCUUUAGAAUGUGCCCUAAAAUAAACUGUUCCCUGUCCCUGCCUG